ACGGCUGACAUGGGGUCCGGUUAUGAACCGUAAAGUGGCCGCCGCCGGAUUAGCAUCAACGGGGUUAAGUUUAGGAGGGACUUUUAUUUUAUUGAGAUCCGGAGUGGUUUUGGCGGCACAAUGGAAGCAGUUAUCGCGUCUUGGAUUCACUAUGUGUCGCCUACGUUUAUUUGCUUUGUAGUUGCACUUUUACUAGCGAAAUUAUAUAUAAAAAUCAGAUCUCGCUUUAAAAUUACAGUAAACUGUUGGUUUUGCAAUCAGAAUGCCCGCGUGAAAUAUGCCGACAGCAAUAGUUGGGACUGCCCGAAUUGUGGGCAGUAUAAUGGUUUCACCGACGACGGGGACUAUAACCGGGAUAUCAGCAGUCAGCAUUUGACUAACAACGUUCAGUUCAACCGACAAUUGAAUUCCGCGGAAGGGACCAGCGCGGAUAAUGGGCUCUGCCGGCAAUGCAACGACAAUCAGUUGAUUAAGGUGGAGAAGCUUGCAGCCUUUGAGCCGGAGAAUGAAGCGACAUUUGCGGAGGAAAUGCAAGCUUUUCAAGAAACACUUCAAGAAACCUAUCGUCUAUGUCAUCAAUGUGAGAAAAAUCUCCGGCGAAUUCUAGCGGAGAAGAAAAAAAUGGUUCUUGGGCUGCGACUAGCCCAGAAGGGGACAACAAAACUUCAGAAUUCAAACAAACAAUUCACCAAACCCUCUCACAUUCGCACGCCAACCUCUACCAAGGUGCUUAAGCAACUCACCAACAUCAUCCUUUUCAUCUUAGCUAUCACCAAUUGGAUGAAUGUAAUUAGCAACUUGAAAUUGAAUCGCGAAAACUUGCACAGUACGUUCGGCCCCAUCACUGCAUCGAUAUUUCUCGUGCUCAUCUCACACAUAGCAGCACUAACUAAAGUCAUCUUCAAAUAUUUGAAUGCCUUAUUCAACAUUCAUCUAGUGGAAAAGACGAUGUUAUUUACCCGAACCAUCACUAUUCUUGGAGCUUACAUGGUUGGUGUUGAUUUGCGCAAAUGGACGAGGGCUUUCAGUGAUGUGGUCUACACAGGUAUUCCCAUGACGAGUAUGUUUUUGGCUUUUGGAUUCCACUUUUUGGAGGGUUUUAAGGUGACCAGGAAAACAUACUUGCUGGCACUAUGGAGUGCAUAUAGCUGUUUGCCUGGUAAUGUUUUCAGCGACGGUUACGGAGUUUAUAAGGUGCUAACAUCAUUGACCAUAUUGCUAUUAUCACUGCCAUUGUUCAGUAGAAAGAACCAAUUACAACGUAUUCUCGACGACACUGUCAACAGCUUCCAUCGGAUAACGUCAGAUGAUUACUUUCCUGACCAAACUAGUACUCUUAUGAAUUCAACGAAAUCUAUCACUAGCAGCCUCAACUUAAGCAGCAGCAGCAAUGAAUCGUAUUGUUCAAUGUCGUCAAACAGCCUAAAUAACUGCAGGAGAACAUUGACCUCAUCUGCACUAAACUUAUGCGCAACGCCUGUAUCUGCCUUUAGGAGCUAUUCAACCGAACACUUACAAAAUACUCAGAAUAGUAAGCGCCUAAAUAAUCCAUCACUGAAGAGCAUGUCGCUAAAUGCAAUGAACACUAGUUUCACACAAAUGCCGUUACGAUCUCCUCUCCACAUGGAUGAUAGUCUCAAUAAAAGUUUUGGAUGUUCCACGCCCAACUCGUUUGUUUCAUGUGCGACGUCCUUUGCAUCUCGUCGUAACCUUUUGUCGCCAUCACAUUUCCAUCCUAUGAACAACAGCCAAUAUUGCACUGGCUACGCUGAGGUACCUCAACCCCAGCACCAAUUUUAUGGAAAGACGAUGGAAACUGCGGAAAAACGUAAAAACUUCUUCUUCAAUAAUGUCAUACCUCAUGAAACUGUUUCGCGCGAGUCGUCCCAAUCCUCUGGUUUCGAGUCGUUAGCAAGCUCGAACAUCCCAUCUCUAAGCGAAAAAAUGUAUCCUAGUCAGAACGGACUAAGACGUAGCGUCGAUCGCUUAUUCACUCAAUCAGAACUGAUGCAGAACUUGGAAAACUUUAACACGUGCAAGUAUCCCGACAUGCGUAACAAGCCUUUCGACGUGCCUCGGCCCCAGUCUCCAUUAACGCCCCGAAGCAAUAUAUUUCAGAGUAAGAUAAUGGAUUUCGAGUCAGGGGAUCACUGGGUGCGAAAUAGUCCAAUGGACUCGAGGGAGUCAUUUAGGAGCGAAUACUACGCUGAUCAUGCUAUUGAUCGAACAAUCAAAUCAAAUGCCUUCGAUCUGAAUGGAAUGAAUUCCUAUUUGCCGCCAGUUCGCAAGCGGUACAAUCUGCUGGGCAAUUUGAAGAACAAUUUCGGUUCGGGUGAAACAUUCUCGCCCUGACAUUUUGAUAGAUAUUGUAAUUUAUAAACCUUAUUAUUAUUGGCAUCGUUUUUGCUAUAAAAAUAUUUUCAUCAUUAACAUGAAGUCUACUAAUUGUAAGUAACAUCAAAUCUACAUUUAGAUUAAGUUAGCACGUAAAGAUUUCUAGUGGAUAAAGUACGAAGAGCUUUGUUUUGAUGGUUUUUUUUUCUUUUGGAAACAACACUGCCAAACACGCUAUACCUACCGAGGAUAAAUACUGAAAACAUUGUUUUGUUGUUUUUUAAAGUAGUAACUAAUUGAAUUGUAAGCAGAGGAGGGAUAAGAGUUCCUGUUAUGAAAUUAUUACAUACAUAAGGUAUUUUGGAUAAUAAAUCUUUUUGUUAUAGUUUUUAGUUGCAGUUUUUUACAUGAAGGAUUUUUUUUAAUAAAGUGGUGAGAAGAGGAAAUAAA